CUGGACCCCGCAGCCGCCAGAACCUCCACGCGUCCUGCAGGCUGCAGUUUCAGCCCGGGAGGGAAGAGCGACAUGGCGGCGGCCAAGCCCGAGAACCUUUCCCUGGUGGUGCACGGACCCGGGGACCUGCGCCUGGAGAACUAUCCUAUCCCAGAACCAGGCCCAAACGAGGUGCUGCUGAAGAUGCAUUCCGUUGGGAUCUGCGGCUCAGACGUCCACUACUGGCAGCAUGGUCGAAUUGGGGAGUUUGUUGUGAAAAAACCAAUGGUGCUGGGCCAUGAAGCUUCAGGAACAGUCGUAAAAGUGGGAUCAUCGGUAAAGCACCUGCAACCAGGUGAUCGUGUUGCCAUCGAGCCUGGUGCUCCUCGGGAAACCGAUGAAUUCUGCAAGAUUGGCCGAUACAACCUGUCACCAUCCAUCUUCUUCUGUGCCACGCCCCCCGAUGAUGGGAACCUCUGCCGGUUCUAUAAGCACAAUGCCAACUUCUGUUACAAGCUUCCUGACAAUGUCACCUUUGAGGAAGGGGCCCUGAUUGAGCCACUGUCUGUGGGGAUCCACGCCUGCCGGCGCGCUGGAGUCACCUUGGGGAACAAGGUGUUUGUGAGUGGAGCUGGGCCAAUUGGACUGGUCAAUUUGCUCGUGGCCAAGGCAAUGGGUGCAGCUCAAGUGGUGGUGACUGAUCUGUCUGCGUCUCGAUUGGCUAAAGCCAAGGAAGUCGGGGCUGACUUUACCCUCCAGGUGUCCAAGGAGAGCCCUCAGGAAAUCGCCAGUAAAGUGGAAGGUCUCCUGGGGCGCAAGCCCGAGGUCACGGUGGAGUGCACGGGGGCGGAGGCCGCCAUCCAGGCGGGCAUCUACGCCACUUGUUCUGGUGGGACCCUGGUCCUUGUGGGACUGGGUUCCGAGAUGGCCUCUGUCCCCUUAGUGCACGCAGCCAUCCGGGAAGUGGAUAUCAAGGGCGUGUUUCGAUACUGCAACACAUGGCCAAUGGCGAUUUCAAUGCUUGCAUCCAAGUCUGUGAAUGUAAAGCCCUUAGUGACCCAUAGGUUUCCUCUGGAGAAUGCGCUGGAGGCCUUUGAAACAUCCAGAAAGGGAUUGGGUUUGAAAGUCAUGAUCAAGUGUGACCCUAACAACCAGAAUCCCUGAUGUUAAUUGGGCUCUGCCCUCAUUCCCACCCUCUCAGCCUCUCAGGGCUAAAUGUCUUGGCAAGGGUGGGCUUUAAGGCAAAAGUUUCUUUUAAGUAGUAAGGAUAAUUAAAAUAAUUCAUUAUAAGCAGAGAGCCUUACACAGAGGAGUUGGCAUGCCUUAAAAACACAGGUAGGGAUAGCUGGGGGACUUGUAGUCAGAGUGACUGUUUCUGCUGAGCAGAGUCCAGCAAGUGGAGCAGUGUCUGGCGGGCAGGCGCUGGGAAUUCCCCUCCUUCCGGGAGUGCCUGAGUUAAGCGAGGGCAGAAACCUGCCCAUGCCCAUGGAGUUCCUGGUUCCACCGAGACUGUGGCC